AUGACAAUCGACGACACCGCCAAAGGCAAGACAAAGGCGAAUGCCCGACUCGACCAGAUCCAGCAGCAGGUCUCUGGGAAGCCCAACGCUCGCCGGCCGAAGAAGACAAAAUCGUCUGAAGGCCCGGCAGACUGGUCCGACGUGCUUGCGGAGCUGGAUCAAGUUCGCAAACUCGCGCAAACCCCCAAGACCAACACGACGGGCUACAUUCGGCACAAAGAGGCAGGAAAGUUAUGGGUCCGAGAGAGGGUUGAAAUGCUUCUCGAUCAGGGCAGUUUUCGAGAAGUCGGGAGUGCGGCCGGCACGGCGACGUGGGUCAAGGCCAAUCCGUCGUCGGAAAACCUCGUCGAGGCCGAAAAGGAGAUCAUCGCCGACUUUGUGCCUAGCAAUAAUGUCCAAGGCAAGAUGGCGAACAGAUUUGGGAACAUCCGGGAUCGACGGGUAUUGUUGACGGCGGACGAUUUCACUCUCCGCGCAGGCCAUGCCGACGGGGCGCUCAUGGCCAAGACCCUGUACAUGGAGAAGCUUGCAGUACAUAUGAGGCUGCCCAUGAUCAAAUUGGUCGACGGCUCUUCGGGCGGCGGAUCAAUAACCACAUACCGAACUCAGCAAGCGUCUUACAUCCCUCAAUUGGAGUUGCUGCCAUGGGUGAUGCGGCAAUUGGACCAGGGCAUCCCGAAUUGCGCUGCCGUGGUCGGCCCAGCCGUUGGUCUGGGUGCCGCGCGAGCAGCCGGAUGUCACUUCUCAGUCAUGGCAAAUGACAUUGGGUCACUCUUCAACGCCGGCCCAAAGGUGGUGGAAGGAGCCACGUUCGAAGAAGAUCUGAGUCCGAAAGAGCUCGGAGGAGCGGAAAUCCAUUGCUGCAAUGGAGUUAUCGAUAACCUGGCGGCAGACGAGCGUGGAUGUUACGAUCAAAUAGCACAGUUUCUGCAAUAUGUCCCGAACCACGGCGGCGUGUUACCGCCUGUUGUGCCAGCAACAGACGAUCCGAACAGAAAAUGCCCUGAGCUAAGGGAGUCCAUACCAAGACGACGCCAACGAUCCUACGAUGUCAGAUCAAUCAUCAACCACCUUGUUGACAGGGAAUCAUUCUUCGAGAUCGGACGACUAUGGGGCAGGACAGUGGUGGUGGGCUUGGCUCGAUUGGGGGGCAGGCCAGUAGGCAUUUUUGCAGAAUUUGCGAUCGGCACCGCUGCGGAGAGGAGUGCUUGCAUGAAAUGGGCAAUGGAGCUGUGCAAGGCCUAUUUUUCCACGACAAUCCCUAUCUAUACCAUCAUCACCCGGCGGUGCUAUGGGAUUGGAGGAGCGAUUCUCGUCGACAACCGAAAUCCAAAUUGCCGGGUUGCAUGGCCAUCAGUGAACUGGGGUUCACUCCCACUUGAUGGUGGGAUUGAAGUGAACCAUCGAGCCGAGCUUCGAAGAGCCGGAGACAACUACAAACAGGUCUACAACCGACUCGAAGCGGAGUACCUCAACCUGAUGAAUCCAGUUCGCACGGCGAACUAUUUCGGGAUCGAAGAGAUCAUCGACCCGGCCAUGACACGGUCUUUGGUCUGUGAAUGGACAAAGGACAUGUAA